ACUGGUUAUAACUCCACUCACCGAUCGUUGUUAUCGCACUCUCGUCGGAGCCUUUCAUCUUCAUUUAAAUGGUGCCCCAGAAGGACCUGCAGGUACAGGAAAAACAGAGACAACUAAAGAUUUAGCAAAAGCUUUAGCCGUUCAAUGUGUGGUUUUUAAUUGCUCGGAUGGAUUAGAUUAUAUUGCCAUGGGAAAGUUUUUUAAAGGGCUUGCUUCUUCUGGAGCCUGGGCAUGCUUUGAUGAAUUUAACCGUAUCGAGCUAGAAGUGCUUUCAGUGGUUGCUCAGCAGAUUCUGUGUAUUAUACGGGCAGUACGUGCAAAUGUAGAUAGUUUUAACUUCGAAGGCACUGAGCUGAAAUUGAAUCCCAACUGCUAUGUUUGCAUUACUAUGAAUCCUGGCUAUGCUGGGCGAUCUGAGCUUCCAGAUAACUUGAAGGUCUUGUUCCGCACUGUUGCCAUGAUGGUUCCAGAUUAUGCAAUGAUCGGAGAGAUCUCUCUAUAUUCAUUUGGAUAUCUAGAUGCUCGUAAUUUGGCUGUCAAAAUUGUAACAACUUACCGUUUAUGUUCUGAGCAGUUGUCAUCUCAAAAUCAUUAUGACUAUGGAAUGAGAGCAGUAAAAGCAGUACUAGCUGCUUCUGGAAAUUUAAAGCUAAAAUUUCCUGAUGCGAAAGAGGAUAUUCUUCUUUUGCGAUCUAUACUUGAUGUAAAUUUACCAAAAUUUUUGUCGCAUGAUAUACCUUUGUUUGAAGGAAUUAUAUCAGAUCUGUUUCCAGGAGUCACGCUUCCUAAACCUGAUUAUCAAAACUGA